GGCGGCAAGCGGGCUGGAGGGUGUCGGAUCCAAGAUGGCGCCGUGCGGACGUGUCCGGAGCCGCUGGCCAGGCCCGCUGGCGCUGCUGCUGCUCUCGCUCUCGCUCGCGGCCGCGGAGCCGGCCGCAGGGGGGCCCGGCCUGGGGCCAGCUGGCCCGGGCGCCCCGCAGCAGGUCCCGGCGGGCGGGCCGGGCCCCGGGGGCCGGGGGCCCCGCGGCGGCUCCAGCGGGGGGUGGAAGCUGGCGGACGAGCCCGCCUGCCGCGAGGACGUGAGCCGGGUCUGCCCCAAGCACAGCUGGGCCAAUAACCUGGCCGUGCUGGAGUGCCUGCAGGACGUGAGAGAGCCGGACAAUGAAAUCUCUUCAGACUGCAACCAUCUGUUGUGGAACUACAAGCUGAACCUGACUACAGACCUGAAGUUUGAAUCCGUGGCCAGAGAGGUCUGUAAGUCCACCAUAGCAGAGAUUAAAGAAUGUGCAGAUGAGUUAGCUGGGAAAGGCUACUUGGUGUCCUGUUUGGUGGACCAUAGAGGUAACAUCACUGAAUACCAGUGUCACCAGUAUAUCACCAAAAUGACAGCCAUCAUCUUCAGUGAUUAUCGUCUGAUCUGUGGCUUCAUGGAUGAUUGCAAGAACGAUAUUAACGCCCUCAAAUGUGGCAGCAUUCGACCUGGAGAAAAGGAUGCGCACUCACAAGGAGAGGUGGUGGCCUGCCUGGAGAAAGGGCUGGUAAAGGAGGCAGAGGAGAGUGAUCCCAGAAUUCAGGUUUCUGAUGUGUGUAAGAAAGCAAUUCUUCGUGUGGCUGAACUCUCCUCUGAUGACUUCCACUUGGACCGACACUUGUACUUCGCAUGCCGCGAUGACCGGGAACGCUUCUGUGAAAAUACUCAGGCUGGGGAAGGCCGGGUUUACAAGUGCCUUUUUAACCACAAGUUUGAAGAAUCUAUGAGUGAAAAGUGUCGGGAUGCACUGACAACCCGUCAAAAGCUGAUUGCUCAAGACUAUAAAGUCAGUUAUUCAUUGGCCAAAUCCUGUAAGAGUGACCUGAAGAAGUACCGCUGUAACGUGGAGAACCUUCCCCGGUCCCGGGAAGCCAGGCUUUCCUACCUGCUGAUGUGUCUAGAGUCUGCAGUGCACAGAGGUCGGCAGGUGAGCAGUGAGUGCCAGGGUGAAAUGUUGGAUUACCGGCGCAUGCUAAUGGAAGACUUCUCGUUGAGCCCGGAAAUCAUUUUGAGCUGCCGAGGGGAGAUUGAACACCACUGCUCAGGGCUGCAUCGGAAAGGGCGUACUUUGCAUUGCCUGAUGAAAGUUAUACGUGGGGAGAAGGGAAACAUUGGACUGAACUGCCAGCAGGCGCUUCAAACUCUGAUUCAAGAGACUGACCCUGGUGCAGAUUACCGCAUUGACAGAGCUUUGAAUGAGGCUUGUGAAUCAGUAAUACAGACGGCUUGCAAACACAUACGAUCUGGAGAUCCAAUGAUUCUGUCUUGCCUUAUGGAGCACUUGUACACUGAGAAAAUGGUAGAGGACUGUGAACACAGGCUCCUGGAGCUCCAGUACUUUAUUUCUCGUGAUUGGAAAUUGGAUCCAGUCCUUUAUCGCAAGUGUCAGGGAGAUGCUUCUCGACUCUGUCAUACCCAUGGCUGGAAUGAGACUACUAGUGACCUGAUGCCUACAGGGGCUGUCUUUUCCUGCUUGUACAGACAUGCCUACCGCACGGAGGAGCAGGGAAGGAGGCUGUCACGAGAGUGCAGAGCAGAAGUACAGCGAAUCCUUCACCAGCGUGCAAUGGAUGUGAAGCUGGAUCCAGCCCUCCAGGACAAGUGCAUGAUCGACCUGGGGAAAUGGUGCAGUGAAAAAACAGAGACAGGACAGGAACUUGAAUGCCUCCAGGACCAUCUUGAUGACUUAGUGGUUGAUUGCAGAGACAUAGUUGGAAACCUUACUGAGUUGGAGUCUGAGGAUAUUCAGAUUGAAGCCUUGCUGAUGAGAGCGUGUGAGCCCAUCAUUCAGACGUUCUGUCAUGAGAUGGCAGAUAACCAGAUAGACUCUGGGGACUUGAUGGAAUGUUUGAUUCAGAACAAGCACCAGAAAGAGAUGAAUGAGAAGUGCGCCAUUGGAGUCACUCACUUCCAGCUGGUUCAAAUGAAGGAUUUCAGGUUCUCAUACAAAUUUAAAAUGGCUUGCAAGGAGGAUGUGCUGAAACUUUGCCCCAACAUCAAAAAAAAGGUGGAUGUGGUGAUCUGUCUAAGCACUACGGUGCGCAAUGACACACUGCAGGAUGCCAGGGAGCAGAGGGUGUCUCUGAAGUGCCGCAAACAGCUGCGCGUCGAGGAGCUAGAGAUGACUGAGGAUAUUCGACUUGAACCAGAGCUGUAUGAAGCUUGUAAGAGUGACAUCAAGAACAAUUGCCCGAAUGUGCCCUAUGGCAAUGCACAGAUUAUUGAGUGUUUGAAGGAAAACAAGAAGCGUCUGAGCAACCGGUGUCACCAGAAAGUGUUUAAACUGCAGGAGAAUGAGAUGAUGGAUCCAGAACUAGACUACACACUCAUGAGGGUCUGCAAGCAAAUGAUCAAGAGGUUUUGCUCUGAAGCAGAUUCGAAGAACAUGUUGCAGUGUCUGAAACAGAAUAAGAACAGUGAGGUGAUGGACCCUAAAUGUAAACAAAUGAUCACCAAGCGACAGAUCACACAGAACACAGAUUACCGCCUGAAUCCAGUGCUCAGAAAGGCCUGCAAACAAGACAUCCCCAAAUUUUGCCAAAAUAUUCUGAGUACAGCUAAGGAUGAUGCAGAGUUGGAGGGGCAGGUUGUCUCCUGCCUCAAGUUGAAAUAUGCAGACCAGCGUCUGUCUCCAGACUGCGAGGAUCAGAUCCGAGUAAUAAUCCAGGAAUCUGCUCUUGAUUACCGGCUAGAUCCCCAGCUGCAGAUGCACUGUUCUGAUGAGAUCUCCAGGUUGUGUGCAGAAGAAGCAGCAGCCCAGGAACAGACGGGGCAGGUGGAGGAGUGCCUGAAAGUUAACCUGCUCAAAAUUAAACCUGAGAUGUGUAAAAAGGAGGUGCUCAACAUGCUGAAGGAGAGCAAAGCAGACAUAUUCGUUGAUCCAGUGCUUCACACAGCCUGUGCCCUAGACAUCAAACACCACUGUGCAGCCAUCCCACCCGGAAGAGGACGUCAGAUGUCUUGCCUAAUGGAAGCUUUGGAAGACAAGCGUGUGAGGUUACAACCCGAAUGUAAGAAACGCCUUAAUGAUCGGAUUGAAAUGUGGAGCUAUGCUGCGAAGGUUGCCCCAGCAGAAGGCUUUUCUGACCUUGCUAUGCAAGUGAUGACUUCUCCGUCCAAGAACUAUAUCCUGUCUGUUAUCACAGUCGGCAUCUGUGUACUCUUCCUGAUUGGCCUCCUGUGCGGACGCAUCACCAAGCGGGUGACACGAGAGCUCAAGGACAGGUAGAGCCUGGGUUGCCUGUUGAAGAAAUGCCUGCCCAGUAGCCAAUUUGUACAGCCCUCCUCUGUAUAGUCUGCCCACCCGCCCCCUCUUGGGAGAGGAGAAUAAAAAAAAAGAAUUGGAACAGCAGCAGGUGUCGGCUCAGUUUUCCCAUCUUGGAUCUCAUCCAUGGCAUCUUCACCACCUUAGGAAAGAGUCGGCGUAGCCAGCAGCUUUUGUUACCCCUUUGUUAGCGGACUCCUGUUACCCGCCUGUAGAUGAGUCUCUUUAUUGUAUUGUUGGACCUGCCGUCACCAAAUCAGACUGAUAUGACCUGCAGCUCAAGCAGUUUUUAAGUAAAUUUUUAAAGGAAGAAAAAUAUAUAAGUACCAAUCCUAUGAGUUAGGCAGUGUUUCUUACUGGGACGUAUUCAUGUUCUGCAGCUGGGUAAAAUUGAGGUAGGAAAUUAGAAGGUAAAUUGCAUCACUCACCACAGUUGGCCUUGUUUCGGACAUCUUGCUCAUCCUAUUCCAAGCAUCUUCAGGGCAUAGUUUCAGACUGCUAAGGAUGUCAGUCAGUGGAGUCAUCCUCCGAAUGUCCUGUUUUUGUUACUGUGGGUUUCUUGUUUGGGAAGAUGAUGCCCUCCAAUUCCCAUUUUCCUCUGCCACUCACAGGAUAAAAUAAAAUACUGGCCAGGAUCAAAAACUCCAGUGGUCUGAUAUGCCAUUUGAGCCAUAUAGCAUAUAUUUGAUUAGGCUAGGGAAAGGGUGUGGAAGUUAUGCAUAGAAGAGCCAGUCAGUGUAAUGCAUUGACAGCUGCACUGUACAUACCCUGAUUAACUAGCCUAUUAACCUUCGUUCAUCAAAGGCAAUGCAGUUGAAUUUUGUCAGUCCUUUAUUUCUCCCUUCUGUUGCCAAGCGAAGACACCCCGCCCCCUCGAAUGAACUAUUCAAAGAUGGUCGGGUUGAUACAUUAACAACGCUCCAUGUUGCCCAGUGAUGUUGAAUGGGAUUGAGAUACCAAUGUCCGUUUCAAUAGAAGGAUCAUUUAUGGGUUAGUGCAGUGAUUCAUCAUUGGCCUCUCUGAGUCUUAAUUGCUUGAGUUACAGCAUUAAAAAUAGAGUAAAACUUUCAGACCUCUAAAACACUGGUUUGUAUAGAUGGAAUUUGGCAUCCAGGGAUGUAGGUCAGAAGUGCUGUCUCUAAAUGCCAAGCAGGAGACAAUUCUGAUAGUGUGAGGUGAAGGACAGACGUGUUGAUCUUUGAGGGGAAUAGCUUUGUUGUCACCCACUGAUGUGCGCACGUAAGCUCUAGUCACAUUUCCAGAACUUGGUUCCUAGCCCCAUUGCCCAGCUCAAGGGAGGUGUUUUGUAGAAACACCUUUAGCUGUGGUAACUUCUUACCAUCUUCUUUGUUACACAAAGAGUGGAGGGAGCGGAGCCUCCUCUAGGCCGCUCUCUGUGGCUGGGACCUGCCAUACACAGGUUGAGUGCGUGGUUCAAAUGUGGCAGUGCUGCACGAGAGUCGGCAUGUACAGUAAGACAGAUCUAUAUAUAUUUUAUUACCUGUUAGAUGUGUUCUCCUAUGCGUGCUGGAAUAUAAAUCAUGUGCCUAACACUGUCCAACUAGGCUAAUGCUUGAUCCAUAACUUUCUUUUCCUGCUCCCUGUUGUUGCAUUGCUAAGUAAUUUCUGAAAUUUCCAGUGUUAUGUAUUGAUCUGAUACAAGAUGGGAGCAUUUCUGAAUGUGGAGCAGCUGAUUCUAAUUAUGCUAUGUAAACACACUGAUCUCUAAAAAUACUGUGAUUGCUUUUGCAAAAUGCUAGAGAGGGGUGCAAAGUUAUCUUCACCAUGCCACUUUGAAGAUAGAAAAUAAACUAUUUUGAGACCCAGUCUUAGUAGUAUGGUGAUGACAUACUAGAAAAGCUCAUGUGAAAGACAAUUGUUGUUGGUGUCUGGAGUCGAACCAUGAGAGCCAAGGGACUAUAAAGACUGGACAGGGAAUGAUGGGAGAACCUGAGCGGUGGAGCAGGUUCCAUAGAAGAGAUCUGUCAUCUUGCUUGAUGUGCUGUAGGUUUCCAAGCAGAUGACAUGUAAGUCAUCCUUGGAACAGAAAUGGAGCCUAAAUUACUUCCCCCACCUUCAUUGCCCAAUGCUACUUGUGUGGUUUCCCUGAUUCUGCAUGAGUGAAUGGAGCUGAGGGCCAAGAAGGCGAUGGCAGAUCACAUCACUUGCUUGAAGCAUAAAAGGGUGUGGGUGACAUACAAGUGUGCGUGUGGCAGUUGCAAAAUCACAUGGUUUCAUCUCUCACUCGAAGCAAGUGUCAUUGCAACAUUUUCUAACUGUCGAGGCUGCAGGUCAGACAGAUGGAAUGGAUUCAAAGUGCAGGAGGAGGGGGAACACGAUUGUACCUUCUCCCCAAUGCAGUCUUGCUUGUUUGGCAAUCCUAGCGCUGCCUACAUUUUGCUACGGCAAAAUUGAAUUGGCAUCCAGAGACUUCAUAUUUGUGAGGGAGCAUUAGCUACCUGUUUAACUUGAAGAACCUAACUGAGGAGGUGUAAAAUACAUUGACUAGCAUCUUCUGGUGAACUCCAAACUGAAUUAUAGUGAAAUACUGUAGAUGUUUUGUCAGCCAUGGUUCUGGCUGUGUAUCUUGGUGAGGGAAGAAGGGAAAUGCUGUUUUACUUUCCAACUUAAGUUUUGUAUUGGAGUAGGGUAGAACAUGGGAAGACUUGAUUUCCUGCAUUUUCCAUUGCAGUAGACGUAAGAGGAAUGCUAAAGGCAAAAGACUAGUCAGCUGUGUAGUGUAGAGGGUAAGAACAGAGCCCUAGAUGGUAAAGAGAAGACAUUGUUCUAUGGAAUGCAGGGUCUCUUCUUGAGUCCUCUUCUAGCCAGUCUCUGUAUGUGUGUGUGCUCAACUUGAAUGCAGUAUUGUCUCAUUGCUUUAACCAGCUGCAGUCAUCAUCCCUGCUCCUGCGUGUGCUGAGACCUUCCUCUUAUCCAGGUGCGUCUAUUGCUACCUGAUUGUUCCAUUGGUGUGAAGCCUUCACGAAGCAAACCCCAAGCAGCAAGCGCACUUUCUGGGUAUUGCAUUGAGCAUCUGCAGUCUCCCUCGUGGUUGCCUUCAAAAUUUCAUCCUGGGACUUAGUUUCAGAUGUCAGUGGACAAUGGAGCUGCUGUCAAUGGGGGAGUGGGGGAAGGGGUUUAUGAAGCAGGAAGGUGUGACAUGAUGUAUGUUUCUGCGUGGUCGCCUUCUGUAAUGGCAUGGUCAGAAGUGCAAUAACGCACAGGCCCAGGGGUCCUGUUGCAAUUACAAAAGGGGAUAAAAUAAAAUCGAGAGACCCAUUUCUUGCAGGGAACUGACAUGGUUAGGCCUGGGCAAAGAGAACUUUGUCACUGACUGCCACAGUUUUAGCCAUUUCAUAAUCAUUAAGAUUUACACCCAAUUCACCACCUUCCAGAUGGGACCCCCUAACAUAUUGCAUGCUAAACACAAUGAUUCUGGCAUAGGAGCAUCUUUUUAGGGAGACUAGAAAUAUUCCAGUGCAGUGUGUUAGAAAUGCCAUCCUAGCCAUCAUAGCAUGUAAGGACCUGUGCAUCUAGAGAAGGCCUCUAGAAAAAACACAACAAAAUAACCAAUAUUGUUCUAAAUAUAUCCUGGUUGCUGAGCACCUGCCCCUUGGAUCUCUAAUGCAAACACUUGCUCACUGUGUGCCAGUAAAUGCCCAUAGUGGGUGGUCAUUCCCUAUAGCAGGAAGGGAGAGGGAAAUACACAGUUGUAAAAUGCACUACUGCCUUCUUGAAUUUAGGGAAACUUUUUACUUUGAUUUAAUGAGAACAUUAGAAAUACUUGGGAAUCAACCAUUUCAAAGGGGACUUGGUGGAAGGUGACUUCUAGAUCUGAGGCUUCUUUGCCACUUCCCUACUCUUAGCCCUAAUGUUCAUCAUUCCCCUCCAGCAUUAACUUAACUGUCUCCCCUCAGUUCAGGGAGCCUGCUAUCCAUUUCAUGGCGUAUACUGUAAAUGUAUGUCCUUCCCAUGGCUAAGCAUUCCUUCUUGGGGGCUUGUUCUAGAUAUUGUAGAGCUGAUGCUCCUGGGAAUGGCUUGACUGGAGUAUCCAAGGGGGGAAAUAACUCCUAGUAAGGAAUGGUGCUUCUGUACAUCCUGCCUUCCUCUUCUGCUUAGAUGCCUAAUGGUACAUUCAGAGCUUAUUCUCACCAGUCAAGAUCACGUGUCCGAAUAACAUGGGAAGGAUUGUGCGUCCCAUGCACGUGCAUCUCAGUACUUCACUCUGGCUAGCCAGGUGGUGGUUGCUUGCUUGCAUGUUCUUGUAACAAAAUAGCCUUAUUCAUUGUUUACUAAUGGGUCAAAUCCAAGUCUUUCGAUUUUUCUUUUUUGUUGCCUUUCGGUUAGCUCUGUCCCUGAGUUUUCUUGCCUCCCAGAAAAAUCACUUUUCAUAUGCAGGUGGCUGCAAUAAGGAUGAGGCCAGGAGCAGCAUUCCUUCUCAUGCUUCACACAAAACUUGUGACCUUCCUCCUCUGCUGCCACAGAAAGGCUGAAAGACCCUACCGAAGUUAGAAUAAUUCUCUGCAAGUUCCACAUGUGAGGAUUCCUUCCAGAGUCUGGCACGUGUGAUCCAUGCAAACAUGGUGAUCUUGGCCCUGAGUGAGACUCUUGUGAGCAUGCUCUGUGAAGAUGCACUAUAUACUGGGGAGGGCUGAGCAGGGCAGCAUGCAGUUAACAUGCAGUUACUGUUGGCAAAGAAGUUGCUUUUCUUUGCAGUGGGUGAACGGGGAGAAGCUGAAAGAAAAUGUGAUGUGGAAACUCGGUGCCAGAGGCGGUAAGCCCUGGUUUAUCACAUUCAGGUGAAUGUGUUUAACUUGGAUAGUUUCUGUUAAUGCAGACUGUUUAGUUCAGAAAGAAUGUAUUUGUUUGACUCUUUUUUUGCCAGCUUUUGGUUUUCAAAGUUAAUUUUGAGUUCAGUGUGAGACAAGAUCAGAACAGGUCAACUAGCUUUUUCCCCCUAUUAAAAUACUUUGGAAUAGAUUUAUAAACUGUUUGUGAUUUGACUAAACCAAUGAGUUUUUUUACAAUAGUGUCAUGGAGAGAAGCGCAGCUCCCAACCAUGUACUGUUGCUUUCCAGCUUCUGAGGGUAAGGAGAUGGGCCAGCCUAGGUUUUCAGCCUAAUAAAGAGCCACUGUGUUCGGUCCCGUUCACAGUGUGUGCUCUAAUUCACAGCAAAGGCACGUUUGAGUGGGAGAGGAGAGUACUAACUGGUAAAUCUGGUAAAUUGGUACAGCUGCUUUUCUCUUGCAUUGUUGGGCCUGCAGAACCUGUCUGUAAGGGCGGGGGAGCAGUAUCCUGCCUUCUUUACUGGAUCGAAGCAGCCUGUGUGAUGACCGUUUCCAAUAACAAAUUGUUUAUUUUGAUUUUGUAAUUGAUUGAAAGCAAAAGAUCUGUGUUCUAGGGUAGGUCACUGAAAUGCCGGAGUGCAAAGAGCACUGGAGAGAUUGGAUGUUUGUAUAAGGGGAGACAUGUUAACACAGGCACAGGGAAGGGUCUCUAAGUAGUAUGCAGGGAUAAUAUUGUGAGCCUCCCCAAGUACAAUGUACAAAACAGACCCAAGCAAGAAAUCAUAGACUGUACAGCAAAAACUGUUCGAACUUAGUCCUUUUUUUAACGUAACAUUAACAAGACUCUUUGUAAAUUGUUUUCCUUUCUGUGUAUAAAAUCCUGGCAGUUUCUUGUUUUUUACAUGUUCAUUCUGUGUAAUUUUGAGAUGUUACUGAGAUUCUGGACAUAAUGUGCUUUUUUUCUGUACAGAUGAAAUGGGAGAAUUUAAUAAAAAAUGAGUCUGCAGGUU